GUUUGACUUUAGUAACAGUUUUUGAUCUUAAACUAAAAUAACUUAUGUUUACAGUUCCUAAAAAUUAUAUUACCAAUAUUGAGGUUGAAAUACUGGUUUUAUUUAACCAUCGCUUUUUUGUCGAAGGAACUAUGGGUCCAAAAAAUAGUGGCUGUGUGUUUCAGGAUGCAGUGAAACACUAUUUGGCUGAAAACUUCACUUUGCAUGGCGAAAUACAUACACACUGUAAAAAUGGACAUGUCAUCUACUUAUUCACUAAUAAUGGUGAGUCAAUUGGUAAUACUCUUAAACUAGUCAAUGACUUAUUUAACUUAAAAACUAGUAAGCAUAAACUCUAUAAUGUUAUUAAUAUUUCAAAAAAAUGGACUACCAAUUAUGUAAGAGAUUGUUCAAAAUUUAUUGAAUUUUGUAAUCAGCCCUUUGCAUACCAUGCACCAAGCGUGUCAUUGAAACAGGCAAUGCAUCUUAAUAAGAGUCAUUCAUUGGUUACAGUUUCAGAGACUUCUGUUCUUUUGCCCCAAGAACAUAUUGCUAUUUUACCCCUAGUUAAUGACGAACCAAUCUUGCCUGUAAAAUCUAUAAAAAAUGAAACAGGAAAGCAUGCAUCUAGAGAAGAACUAACCCCAAAGAAAGCCAAACUUAUUACUAGGUUAUCAUUUUUAUCUUCUCAGUUAGCUAGCUCAACCAGAGACCACAGACAAAAAAUAGCAAAACUUAAAUCAAAAUAUAAUAGCAUGCCAUAUAAGUUAAAAGUAUUCAGGCAAAACAUCAAAAGGAAAGAAGACAUUAUUAAAGCUUUGAGGGCGGAAGUUAGAGAACUAAAAAAAGAAAUUAAAACAUACAAAUUAAAACAUACAAGAGCUUAA